AUGCCUACUGCCACAGAGUUCUUUGGCUUCAGCGCCCACAAUCUCGGUCCUCUGACGACAACCUACACCGCCCCAUCUAGUUGUGCGACAGGAACAGAUCGUCUUGCUUUUGUGAACGCAAGUGACCCAGUCAGAGCUUUCGGUAUUCCUACUUGCGAAGUUGCUAAAUAUGGGGAUUGCCUUCCCAGUGGAAGUUCUUGGGAAUCUAUCGCGGCACAGACAACUGAAUUUGUACAGGGACUAUACGCCUAUUACUCCCCUGGCCUCAUUUGUCCUUCGGGUUGGCGUACUGUGGGAAGUUUAGCACAUGGUGACGAUGACGAUAAAAAUGUUACUGCUUCAGGUGCCCUGGCAACUCCCAGUUGGGAUGAACAACCAGGACUCAGGCUCCUUCAUGCAACUGAGUUCUGGUUAGGAAUUUUGGAACCUUCUGAAACUCUUGCCUAUUGCUGCCCUAGCGAUUAUCAAGCAGAUGCCUUUGGACUGUGCAUGUCUACUCUCGGUCCAAUCGAGUCCUACAACUAUUCUAAGAUGUGCUUCACAAUUGGCAACGACAUUGUACCGAUUACGACCUGGGAUGGCACCACCUUGACAGGCGAUCAGUUGGUAUCUUUGGCAUCAGGAACAGAAGAUCUCGUGACGACAUUGGAUGAUGUCCUCUUGACUGCGACUGAUGUUCAGGGGUACUUAGCUGUUGCGACAUAUGUACCUGCUGUGCCGCUGGUAUAUAAAAAGUCUGAUCUGGAAAAGGAUGAUGAUGACAAGGAUAGCGACGACGACGAUGGAAAUGAUGAUUCAGGUGAUGAAAAUGCGGCUUCAGCUGUGACUUCGCGACAAGGAGUUAUAAGUAUUCUUGGUAUCACUUUGGGACUGAUUGCAGGAGCUGGCAUGCUCCUAUAA